UGCACUGCAGUUUCCAGUCGAGGUUCCUACAAACACAGACAGAGAACAUGGGCUCUGCUUCGGUGCUGUUCAGGAGGUGGACCCAGCUGGUUCUCCUUUUGGCUGUCACAUGUGGAGCAUCAGAGUAUGAGUACACCUGGGCUGCGGGCUCUUACAACGGCGGGCGAGGCUACGGCAAAGCUCCCCAGUGUGUCGACAUUCCGGACGACCUGCGGCUCUGUCACACCGUGGGCUACACCCAAAUGCUGCUGCCCAACCUGCUGGAGCACGAGACCAUGGCCGAAGUGAAGCAGCAGGCCAGCAGCUGGGUUCCGCUGGUGCACAAGAAUUGCCACAAGGACACGCAAGUUUUCCUCUGCGCGCUCUUCGCGCCCGUCUGCAUGGAGCGGCCGAUCUACCCGUGCCGCUGGCUGUGCGAGACUGUGCGCGACGGCUGCAGCCCCAUCAUGGAGGCGUUCGGGUUCCCCUGGCCGGAGAUGCUCACUUGUGACAAGUUCCCCCAAGACGGUGUUUGCAUUGCCGUUACGCAGCCGAACGCCACAGAGGCUACCUGGCCCUCAGGUCACUCUCCUGCCUGCCCCCCAUGUGACAAUGAAAUCAAAAACGACGCCAUGCUGGAGAAUAUUUGUGCCAGUGAGUUUGCUUUGAAAGCCAAGAUCAAGGAAGUGAAGCAAGAAAAUAUGGACCGUAAGGUGAUCCUGCAGAGGAGGAAGAGGAUGGUGAAACAAGGGAAUCUAAAGAAGAGGGACUUGAAGAAGCUCACUUUGUACCUGAAGAACGGUGCAAACUGUCCCUGCCAGCAGCUGGAGAACCUGGAAAACCAGUACCUCAUCAUGGGUCGCAAAGUAGACAAGCAAUUCCUCCUCACAGGGAUCCACAAGUGGGACAAGUCCAGCAAGGAGUUCAAAAAAAUCAUGAAAAAACUUAAGAACUACAAAUGUCCCGCCUUUGAAAAUGUUUUCAAGUAAAAAAGACCUAUGGCUUCAACUGGUUGCUUUGUUAUACUUAUGAACUUGCACAAGCAACGACAAACUUUCUUUCUAUUGUGUUUUGUCUCAAUAUAUCGCUACAUAUGUACAAAUAUAUUUUUGAAAGUCCAAAGUUUAAUUUUAGGGAUGAUGAUACUACAGAUAUGAGUUUUACAUUUUUAUUUUACUUAUUCAGACUGAAAUAUAAAUAACAAAUGUAAAAUUGUAUUUGUCGUUGAAGUAUAGGUACACAUUGGCUAUCAUAUAGAUUUGUUUGACUCUUCCUGUUAACAAAUUAGAGGAUUAAUUGGUCAUUCUUGAAGAAAAAACGUUUUUUUUCAUGUUUUUGUACAAGUGGGAAAAGAAAACACAACUUCCAUUUAUAUAAGCAAUAUAUAAAGCUUGCUUGUAUUAAAGCCAGUAGCUUACUAGCAUAAAUUUAUGAUUAAGGAUAGAAAGUUUAGUUUGUGCUGGCUUUUCCUGCAAAAGAUGAAUAAAUAUCAGAAGAGAAAAAAAUUGCCUAAUAUUGUUUUAUACACGGCUCCACAGUUUUUUUAUGCUAGUGACCCCUUUGCUUAUUAAAUGCAGAAGACUCAUCAAAAAUAUCUUUCGGGUGACAUGAAAUACUCUUAAUUAAAGAGCUCUUCAGCUUUAAAAGCUACACAGAGGGUAUGGGGCAGUGCUUCCCAUGAGUAUUUGUAAAAUAUUGCACUACCAGCUUUUCCAAACAAGUCCUGUAUGAAAACCAGCAGGCUGCAUCAAAGGAUGGUGUUGCAGGGUUGGUUGGCAGUUUUCUCAAUCUGAAUAUGUUUAUUUUCUUUUUACUACUUUGUUAUUGCCUGAAUUGCCAUGGAUAAGAUUAAAUGCAUGCAUCUUUAAAAUUGCAAAGUGUAUCACAUUGUUUUUUUAUAUCCAUUUUGUGUUGUGACAUUUUCUGCUUGUUGGUCUGUUUGAGCACUGUUUUGUCUCACAUUGAAAUGUCAGUUGUUCAUUGUUGCUUGUUGUCUGUACAUAUAAAGUUAACAUAAAUGUGGAAAACCAAA